CACGUUGUUUGUUGACAGGAAGCAUGGAAGCCAUGGAUGAUGGCCACAGCUGCGACUGUGGGAGUUCUUUCCUGGCAAUUAGGGCAUUCCUUUGUGGAAGCUGAAAGCCCUACAACAAGUAAAACAGUUAUCGACCCGGACUCGAAGGCUGCAUUCCCUCGGCACAUUCGUUCCGAAGAUGGCUCUCCUGCACGUCUUCUUGGCCUUGGAGUUCGCAAGAUCACGUUUCUCAGAGUUCAAGUCUAUGUCGUGGGACUCUAUAUGAAAGAGUCAGAUCUGGAUGACCACAACAGUCGCUUCCGUGCUAUGCCCGAGGUCCAAAAAUUCCAGCGGACAGAUCAGAUGAGUGCUGACACUGCUUUCAAAGCCAUCGUCCAAACACCUAUAGAGCUGAUCUUAAGGAUCGCUCCCGUCAAAGAAACUAAUGGCCCUCAUCUUCGAGACGGCUUCACUCGAAACUUGACUCAGGCUGCUAAAACCCAAAAAUUGAGCGAGCCCGAUAAUGAGGAGGCCAUGGAAGGCAUUAUGCAGUUUAAGAACUUAUUCCCCAAAGGCAAGAUCAGCACCAACCAGGCUCUUAUUUUCCGCAAGUCUCCUGAUGGUUCGAUGACAAUUCAACUUGAUGAUGAGGUCUUGGGAACUACACGCAAUCGCUGGGUCAUUGAAAAUUUCUUCCUUGGUUAUCUCCGGAGCGACAGUCCUAUUAGCGAAAAGGCGCGUGACAGCAUUGCUCAGGGAAUUCAAGAUCUUUUGCUGCAGUGAAUGUUACAACCACAAGGAAAAUAAAGUCACCAUUUUUUUGCCAACGG